CUUGGCCCCUCGACGCUUGCAUCUAAUUCUCUCACUAGCCCUCUCCUUCUUAUUGCUCUUCGAUCUCACAGUUCCAGCCGACCUUGCUAGCUCGCCGUGGAGAGAAACCCUAACCCUAGUUACCACCAUGAAAGGAGGGAAAUCGAAGGCCAACACCUCGAAGAAGUCGGAUGCCAAGCUGGCUGUGAAAAAAAGCGUGGAAAAGAAGCCUAAGGGAGGGGCAAAGGGAAAGGGCGGCAAGGAUCCGAACAGACCUAAGCGUCCGCCGAGCGCCUUCUUUGUCUUCAUGGAGCAGUUCAGGAAGGAGUUUAAGGAGAAGAACCCUAAUAACAAGCAGGUGUCAGUGGUUGGAAAAGCUGGAGGUGAUAAGUGGAAAUCGUUGUCUCAAUCUGAGAAAGCUCCCUUUGUUGCAAAGGCUGAUAAACUGAAAGCCGAGUAUCAGAAGAAGCUGAAAGCCUAUGAUGCUGAGGAGGAUACUAAGAAGGAGGUGGCAUAUGAGGAGUCUUCUGACAAAUCAAAGUCUGAGGUUAGCGAUGAAGAUGAAGGAAGCGAGGAGGAUGAUGAUGAAGAGGAUGAUGACUGAAGGAAAAAGGGUAUAAUUAAUAACUUAAAAUUGAUGGUGAUGGUCAUGAACUUCGCCGCUUGGUAAUCUUUUGGUACUUUCUGUGGCUGCUCAAUGCGUUCGAGUAGAGUUCACAAGAACAGAUGUUGUUGUUUCUUGUUUAUGUUCUUUCCCUUAUAUGAUUCACUGUUGAUGUUUGGGAUCACUUCUUGAUCUCCUUGUAUCUACCUUUUAACUCCUUUUUUGUUGUUAGUAGAAGUUUUAAUAUAUUUUUGGUUUCCCCAGUUAAAUAUC